AUGGUGGCUAUUCUUAAAGUGUCGAUGUUUGUGGUGAUCAUUCUAUACUCUUCUGGGAAAGAAAGCAUGUCCGUAACGAUUCAAGAGAGGGAAAAGGAAUCACCUGGGUUAUCGUUACAUGAAUUGCUUGGUGCAUUUCAAACACUCUCUGGCCCACAACUCCACGGAGGUCUUCCUGUGGAUCGGAAGGCGGUUUUUCAACAAUUUAAAACUAACGCCUCUACUAUAGGGAAAAAGUCCGUCCGUUCCGUCUUUGAUGGUGUAAAGACAUUUCAACACGAUAACGAGGUGAAAGAGGAGGACCAGGAUUCUGAUAAGGACGGAAAGAUGGAUAACAACGUGACUGAAUCUAGUAAGGAAACAAACACUUCAAUUGUGUCAGUCAUAAAUGAAAGUUCUGCCACAUUUGCAAAAGAAGAUAGCACAACCGCCAUUGAGACAACCACGAUCACACUCACACACAUAGAGGAGAAUGAACCUCAUUCUUCAUCGGUUUCAACAAUGUCUGUGACACCGAAAUACUCAGCACCAUCGACGCCAUCGAACAAAACAUUUUCCUACCGUCAAUCCACUCGAAAACCAAAACUUUUGGAGUCAUCACGAAAAACAGAGCAAGUUUCGAAGGAUACAAAGGAGUUUGGAGCUCUUCGAACGAGUUCUGUCGUUGAAACGCAGUCGAUGUCCUUGAGGAAGGUGCAACCUGCCAACAACAUAUCCUCGAAAUUUCCACAGUUAAUCCCACAAAAAGAAAGGAAUACAAUGAAAGUGGCAAAAUUGGAAAUACCAGUUUCCAUUGGUAUGCUGUCCCCACCCGCCAUGAAGAUGAUUACCAUAUCUUUACCUAUGCCAAGUCGCCCGCUGGAAAACACUGCUGGUGAAACAACGACAUUAGCUGGAAAAUCGAAGCAUUCAGCCAUGAAAAUGUCGAAUAAGGCAGGCGAACCGGUGAAAAUUUCAAAAAUCAUUCCAUUUCGAGCUGUUCCGAUGAGCUUAAGAAGACCAGCUCCAUGCCCAUCAAUGAAGAACACCAACACGCAGAGAGUAACUGAAGGACCACAGUCCUACGUUAAGAUGAAGCGCCUCUCGGCCGUACCACGAUUCUCCAUCUCUGGUUUAGCCUCCACCGUCAGAACUUCUGCAUAUCGCACACGUCGUCCCGUGAUAAAGUUUCAGGGCGAUGGGCGUCUCGGCGAGACACUUGGUGCAAAGGAGAGCUCCUAUCCGGAAGAUGGUCUACAGGCUGCCGUCAUCGCGCACCACACGACGACGCAGUCGCAAUCACUGACCUCCAGUCCGAAUGGUUGCCUCUCUGGUUGA